AUGGCGCCCGGGCAGGGUGGAAAGCGAAAGCGCGGUGAGCGCUCUUGGUCCGGAGAUUCGGCGAGCAACGAAGCCUUGCGACCAUCACCUCAUCGCCCUGGCACCCUCAAUAUGGCGCAGCACCAUGGUCAUCAGUCCAGCCCAUCCAGAGAGCAGAAUGAUAUGCGCGACCGGUCGCGCCGCUACUCGAAUCGUGGUGGUGGUCGAAACAAUUCUCGCCGAGGAUCGUAUGAAAGCCAGCAAAAUUUUUCGAGUUCGCAGCACAGGGAGCCCAGCGCAAUGUCCCCUCCUCCUCCUACCCAGUCCAGGGAGGGUAUAGAGACUACGCAACCAACUGGCGAGACCCCAACGGCCCAGCCCGCCCUGUCUCCAGCACCCAACACCCCGGCCGCGCAUUUGCAGACGAAUCCUCUAUCCCACACCGAAUCCGAGCCUCCUACGAGUCGCCCAUCUGGCCCCCCUCCUCCCUACGACUACGAAUAUGUAACGGACUCGGCUCUUGAGGAAUGGUCAUCCACCGGAAAGCAAACGGUCGUGGAAGAAGGAACUUCGGCUCGGAUGGAAGAGAAUCUCGCUGGUCUGGCUUCUGUCUACCAGGAGCUCAUUCGAUCUGCGCUUUAUGGACGAAUGUCACCCUCAGAGGCAGGAGCUGCCGUCAAAGAAAUUAUCGGCGAGAAUAUCGUGUCUCAGGAUGUGAACACGGAGGGUGAAGCUGCUCAAGUUUCGCCUUCUGAGUUUGAUCCACGGUCAUUAUUCCUCGAUAUCCUUUCCAUCAUCACCGAUUCUGACACCUCCAACCCCGCCUUGAAACCCCUCGUUUUUGCGACUUCGAUAUCCCCCGCCCUCAUGCGUCUCCAACUCGAUACACCUUUGUUGCAAUCGCUAGGAUUGGUUCGUGAGACCUUUGCGCGUAUGGGAAUUCGCAAGCAAACCAAUUUGCUUUACCGUCAAUCCAACUACAAUCUUCUCCGGGAAGAGUCGGAGGGAUAUUCGAAACUCCUCACUGAGCUCUUCACCACUAGCAGCAAUGAGCCUCCAUCAGGCGAAGUGGUUGAAGACACGUUCGAGAGGGUAAAGGCCAUGAUUGGCGCGUUUGAUAUGGAUGUUGGUCGAGUUCUAGAUGUGACACUGGACGUGUUCGCUGCGGUGCUUGUCAAACAAUAUCGUUUCUUUGUGAAAUUGCUGCGAGCCAGCUCCUGGUGGCCCAAAGAAGGCCCGUCUCAGGGCACACAGGAGACCCUACGCUCCUUCGGACUGCCAAACUGGGCACUUCCAGAAUCAGCAGGCUGGACCACAACGGAAGACGAGCAAGCCGCCAUUAUGAAAUCAAAUGAGGAACGCGAUCGAAGAUUCUGGGACCGAGUGCGAGAGGUCGGUAUCCAAGCUUUCUUCGAGAUUGGGCACAAGCCAAUCUCGGAAGAAGAAAGACUUCAAUUGCUUCCGGAAAGCAAUAACCCCUCCGAAGAAGAAGAAGCAACACGAGCAUGGAUCCAAGAGACAGGGACCUUGCCACCAAAGGGCAAUCGAGUAGCAGCACAGCUUCUUGGAUUCAAGCUGCGAUUCUACGCCUCUUCUGUGCGUUCCAAGGACGAUACAUUGCCAGAUAACCUUAUCUAUCUAUCCGCGUUGCUCAUCAAAGUUGGCUUCAUCUCUCUACGUGACCUCUACACGCACCUCUGGAGACCCGACGAAAUGAUGGAGGAGUUGAAGACGGAGAAGAUGACUGAGAAGACAGAGAGGGAAAAGGCUGCCCGGCCAGGUGGUGGAGUUAACGCUCUCAUGCUUGCUGGUGCACUGUCAGAUGACACGAUUCCAACACCACGCCUUCGCGAGGACUCGCGCAAAGCCACCCCAUCAAAAGAUCAAGAGGCCGACAAACAGUCUGGCAAGACAGAGAAUGAGCUGCCGGACCCCAUUGACCAAAAGGUGUUGCUUCUCAAGAGUCUUCUUCUCAUUGGUGCUAUUCCUGAAGCCCUCUUCGUCAUGAGCAAGUUCCCCUGGCUGAUGGAUGGCUUCCCUGAACUUCCUGAUUUCAUCCACCGCAUUCUUCAUCACUCGCUCAGCAAGGUCUAUUCAUCGCUCCGCCCUCUCCCCGAAGAAGACUUCACAGGCCAGCGACAAAUAUUGAGCACGGAUCAGUCUGGUCUCCCCAAGGGUCAGCUUCGACUUGCGCAGCCAGCAGCAAAACGACUCCUUCGAUGGCCCAAAUUGGACACGGAUGACGAAAAUGAAGGAAUCGCCUAUCGAUUUUACUGGGAUGAGUGGUCAAACAACAUCCCAAUUUGCCAGUCCGUGGAUGACCUCUUCGCCCUCUGUUCCUCAUUUCUCAACCUCUCUGGCCACAAGAUUGGUCAGGAUGCAAGCUUGCUCACGAAACUGGCGCGUAUCGGUAAGGACAGUCUGACAAGGGACACUUCUGAAGAAAACAGAGUUCGCUGGCGAGAUCUCUGCAAGCGCCUUUUGUUGCCCUCUGUCAGUUUGACCAAAGCAAACCCAGGUGUCGUCAACGAGAUAUUCGAUCUCCUUAGCUUCUUUCCUCGUGAGGUCCGGUACAAUAUGUAUGCAGAAUGGUAUUCUGGCCAGACAUCCAGAUUGCCAGACAUCAAGUCUGCCUUUGACCAGGCGAGGGCCGAGACCAAGGACGUGCUGAAGCGACUCAGCAAGACCAACACGAGGCCCAUGGCUCGUGCACUGGCCAAAAUUGCCUACGCCAACCCCGGAAUUGUGAUCAACGUCGCCAUCAGUCAGAUCGAAUCGUACGAAAACCUUAUCGAAGUCGUCGUUGAGUGCGCACGUUAUUUCACCAACCUGGGAUACGAUAUUCUGACCUGGUCACUCAUCAACUCUCUUGGUCAGAAAGGGAGAAGUCGUGUACAGGAGGGUGGUUUGCUCACUAGCCGGUGGCUGAACGCUUUGUCCACUUUCGCCGGUCGAGCCUUCAAGCGAUACUCGAUUAUGGAUCCUACGCCGUUAUUACAAUAUGUCGUGGAACAGCUGCGUCGCAAUAACUCCACCGACCUGAUCGUUUUGGAACAAAUGAUCGUGUCCAUGGCUGGCAUCAUCACGGACAACAACUUUAACGAUGCCCAAGUUCAAGCCAUGGCAGGCGGAGACAUCCUCCAGUCGCAGACUAUUCUGCAGCUCCUGGAUAAGCGACACGAGUCCAAGACUACUUCGAAGCGACUGAUCAAGUCGCUCACUCACACCCGACUCGCAGGCCAGCUACUCGUCGCAAUUGCCCAGGAGCGAUUGACAUGUGUCUUCAAUGAGUCUUCAUCGGAACUCAAACUUCUCGGAAAUAUCUUCGAUGAGAUUCACCGAAUCCUCACCCAGUACCUGGACUUGCUGCGGAGCAAUCUGUCGAUAGAUGAGUUUGACUCCUUUGUGCCCGACUUUGCCGCUCUCGUCAAAGAGUUUGGCAUUCAGCCGGAGAUCGCUUUCUGGAUUCGCCGAGCCAGUAUUUCCCGAAAGAUUGCCGAGAUCGAACCAUCCAAGCCGGAUAUAGAAUCCUCGGCGAAAGAAAACACUGAGAACGCCUCUCAGCCCAGUGAUGAGAAUCAGAUGGACACUGCCGACGAUGGAGAAGGGACAUCCAAGACAGGACAGACCAUCGCUGAGACAGCUAUGGAAGUGGACAAAGAAGAAGCCACCCCUGCGCCUCUGUCUUCUAACCCUGUGAUGCAAGAUCUGAUUGAGAAUGUCAAAUCUGCCUUGCCUGCCGACACAUGGGAGGUUGUUGGUGCACACUUCUAUGCUACCUUCUGGCAACUGGCUCUUUACGAUGUACAUGUUCCAGGUCAAUCCUAUGAUGAGGAGAUGGGACGGCUGAAGAAACGAAUCAUGACCAUCUCUAAUGACCGGUCUGAUCUGAGUUUAGCUGGUACCCAGCGCAAGGACAGAGAUAGGAAAGCUAUUACAGAUCUCCGUGAUCGACUUCUCCGGGAAAACAAGAACCACUUGACUGCAUACGGCCAAACUCGCACUCGCUUGCUGAAGGAAAAAGAUCAGUGGUUCGCCGGCAUGCGCCUCAAGCAUGAUGCCUUGAACAUUGCUUUGCUGGAGCAAUGCUUUAUUCCGCGACUGCUCCUGUCACCACUCGAUGCUUUCUUCUGUUUCAAGGUGCUAAAGUUCCUGCACAGUUCGGGUACUCCCAACUUCAGAACUGUUGGCCUCCUCGACCAGCUCUUCCGCGAGCAAAGACUUACAGCCCUAAUUUUCUUGUGCACUUCCAAAGAGGCUGACAACUUAGGACGCUUCCUCAACGAAGUCUUGCGCGAUCUCUCUCGCUGGCAUGCCGAUAAGGCUGUCUACGAAAGAGAGGCCUUUGGUACCAAGAAAGACCUCCCUGGGUUUGCCAAGAACGUCGGGCCCGAGGGCGUCCCGCUUGCCUUCUUGGAGUUCGAGGACUUCCGUCGUCUUCUCUAUAAGUGGCACCGCCUGUUUUCCAAUGCGCUCAAGACUUGUCUUAACGGGGGCGAGUACAUGCACAUUCGAAAUGCGAUCAGUGUCCUUAAGGCAGUCGUCCAGCAUUUCCCUGCUGUGAACUGGAUCGGCCGUGACAUGUUGACCUGUGUCAACAACCUCAGCAAGAACGACGAACGAGACGACGUUAAGAUUCCUGCAGCAUCCCUGAUCGGCGAUCUCAACCGCCGGGAGAAGAAGUGGAUGCUUCCUCAAGCCUUCAACCUGGUCAAAGCCGCACCUGGUUCCGAGCAGUCCAAGUCUGGCUCUCAGCCGCCUAGCGAUGGCAAGGGUGAUGCUUCACAACGACGCUCCGGGACUCCAAAUUCGCUUAAUGCUUCAGCUCCGGAGUUCAAGCCAACAUACGGCCAAGAUGCGGCCGAAGCGAAUCGAGAAGUAUCUGGCAAGAUGGAAGUGGAGGACGGUGAAAUUGAGGAUGCGAAGAUGGCUGAUGCGGCCUCCGUCAAGGGGUUGGAAGACGCAAAGGCAGCAGAGGCUGGUACUGAUUCGGGAACGUCCGCUGCUGCUUUUGACACGGGUCACGAUGACCGUCCCGAUAUCCGUGGGCAGGUCGAACCUCCCGUGCGACCCCGGCCAGGCUCUCGAGCCUCCGAAUCAGGUCGCCAGUCUGAUAUUCCAAGACGAGCAGAACCUGAACGUUCUUCGUCACAGCGCCAACAGUCAGGUCGUCCGCCUCGACAUAGUGACGGCAGACUACCCCCACGGCCUGACCUGAUGGUGGACGACCGACGAGAUAGGCACUCUGACUUCAACCCGCGCACUCGUCACGGAGGCCCUGAUCCUCGCUCUUUCGACGGUCCUCCAAAUGCCCGUGAUCGCUUCGGUAUGAGACCUCUACCCGACGAUCCUAUGCGCGGCCCUCCCUAUCGCGACGGCCGUAUGCCACGAGAGCCGGAGUGGGCUGCUGAUCGCCCUGGUCGUCUGCGCCCUGACCCAUUCCAUGGCCGUGAUGGACCUGCUCGUGAUGAACUUAUGCCUGAUUUCCCCGACCGUCCCGGCGAUGGCCCUCGUCGUGGAGAACCAAUGCGACCUGACCGGCCUUCGCGUGCUUUGUCGCCCCCAAGAUCCGAUCUACCCAAUCGCCCUGAGCGAUUCCCCGACGACCGACGAUCUGCCAACUUCACCCAACUUCCUCGCCAUGAUGAGUUCCCUCGGGGCCCACGAGACCGUGCUGCUGAACCGAGAGAUGCCGGUGUGGGUCCUGACUUGAAUCACGGUCGGCUGCGUCUACCCGAAUCCCAAUCUGAGAUCCCAUCUGGGCCUCGAAGCACACGGAAUCCUCGCGGGCGUAAUGCCUCGGGCCGCCCGCCCAACGGUACAGCGCCCACCCCCGAGCGUCAGAUGCCCACUGGCCCUAGCCGACAAGGUGGGCGCGGUGGUCCUGAACAGUCUCCUGCUGCUCCUGCUCCCCCUCCUCCCCCUCCUCCCCCCGAGACCCCUGUUGCAUCCGGUGUCCAUCCCGAUCGACUCCGCAAUAUCGUCGAUGACAAACCAUCUCAGCAAACGCCACCAGCUGCGAUGACGCCUCCCUCUGGUCCUCGAGGAGGGCUCAAUCAGCAACAAGCUCCCCGUGGCCCCGGCGGGGACCGUGGGCGCGGCGAUAAGCGGUUUGCCGGUAUCAACAACAUGCUCCAGCAGACAAAUAGCCCUGCUGAGCGUGGCCCUGCUGCCACGCCGCCUGCCCGUGGAAGAGGUGGAAAUCGACAAUCAGAUGCUGGAAACACUUCUUCUCCGCAGACCUCAAAUCGUCCACCACCCACCGGUCCCAGCUCAACCGAAGAUGAUGGCCAGUCACGCAACCGUCCCGGCCGAGGUGACUUGAUUGAUGACGCUGGCCCUGACAACCGUCGCUCUGGCCGUGAUCGGAAUCGCGAUAAAGAUCGUGAGCGUCGUGGUGAAGAGAGCACCAACAGUGGCGGUGGUAACCGACGUGAGGAACGCCGUGCUCGUGACUCUGACCGUGAGCGCAACCGCAGAAGCGACGUCGGUAGUGGUGCGGGUCGAGAAGAGAAGGACCGCGAUCGUGAACGCCACGCUGAGUCCCGUGAGAAUUUGCGCCGGACAAACAGCUCACGUGAAGAGACAAGACGCCGAGAUCGACGUGAUCGUGAUGAUGGGCCACCAGACGCCGGCGGACCGGCUCCUGGCAGCGCCAAUGAAGAAGGCCGUCUACGACCACCAUCCUCUAUGGGAGCGCCUCCCCCUCCCCCACCUCCCCCGCCGCCUCCUUUGCCCAGCGAUGAAACCAGCACCCCUCGCCGUUGGGGCUCUGGAGGUGGAGACCGUGGCAACCGCAACGAAAACCGAGAUCGUGAGCGUGAGCGCCGUGGUGAGCGCGGUCGUGACCGAGACCACCAUCGUGACAGUGGCGGCGCAGGACAUCGCAAGCGCGGACGUCCCAACCCCGAAGACAACAAUGGUGAUGGAAAUGCACGAGGCCCGAGGAUGGGAAGCGACAACAAACGCCCUCGUCGUGGAGCAUGA